AAAACUCACCAAACGACGUCGCUUUGUGUGGAGUGAGUGAGUAAAAUGUUUCGAGCAUGUAGGAAAUAGAGGGGAACUUUCGCGUUUUGGUGUGUAUAUAAUAUGAGGUGGUGUUGAUUUUUGUCCUUGUCAGGUUUUACGUGAAGGGGUGAGAGUGUGUAGGAAGAGACCCACUCUCCAAAUCCAAUCCCGGCCAAUCCUCUCUCCCAACUCAACAAUGGCUGAAAAUGGUUCACUUUCACAGUUCCUUGAAACUGCAGUGGAUGCCGCGAAGCGAGCUGGCGAAAUAAUCCGCAGGGGAUUCUACCAGACCAAGAAUGUGGAGCAUAAAGGCCAAGUGGAUUUGGUUACAGAAACUGAUAAGGCAUGUGAAGAUCUCAUAUUUAAUCAUCUCCAACAGCAUUACCCUGAACACAAGUUAAUCGGGGAGGAAACUACUGCUGCUUGUGGUACAAUGGAGCUCACUGACUCUCCCACAUGGAUAGUUGAUCCCCUUGACGGCACAACUAACUUUGUGCAUGGGUUCCCCUUUGUUUGUGUCUCUAUUGGACUUACAAUUGGAAAAGUUCCUGCAGUUGGUGUUGUAUACAAUCCAAUACUUGAUGAGCUUUUCACUGCUAUCCGUGGAAAGGGUGCUUUUCUGAAUGGGAAGCCUAUAAAAGUAUCAUCUCAAACUGAACUAGUCAAGUCCCUUCUUGCAACAGAGGUUGGAACAAAACGUGAUAAGUCAACUGUGGAUGCCACCACAAAUAGAAUUAAUGACUUGCUUUUCGAGGUUAGAUCCCUUCGCAUGAGUGGCUCCUGUGCAUUGAACCUUUGUGGCAUUGCCUGUGGAAGGCUUGAUCUAUUUUAUGAACUUGGGUUUGGUGGUCCUUGGGAUGUGGCAGGUGGUGCUCUGAUUGUUGAAGAAGCUGGAGGACUAGUAUAUGAUCCGUCUGGAAAAGAUUUUGACAUAAUAUCUCAGCGAGUAGCUGCCUCAAACCCUCAUCUCAAGGAUGCAUUUGUCAAGGUCCUGGGACAAUCUGUAUGAGACAAUAAACUAUAGAAACUAGACUUCUUCAUUUAUUUAUAUCAUUCUUGUUCUUUUGAGCAACAUCGGGCUGUGGGCUUCUGAUUCAAUAAUAAGAGCUUCAAAUACUAGUAGCUAAGAGCGGAAUAUCCUUAGUUUAUGGCCUUUAACAGCACCAAAAUUACUUGUAGAAUCCUAUUGAAAUGACAAGUGACAACUCAGCAUGAAUUUGCUGGCUCUAUCUAUUUGGAUGUAUGUUUUUGCAUGAAGCUUCCUGAAAGUUUUGAUGUUCCAUUUAAA